AUGUUAUCUGCACUUGCUUGGUGUUCUAUAAAAGUUAUGCACUCUGAAUUCUUUUUUGAUCUUAAUGCUACAGAAAAGGAAGCUAAUGAUCUUUAUCGUAGAACCCCAGAACAAGCAAAGCAACAAGAAGCUGACAUAUCCGGACGUCUUACAGGACAAGUUUACCAAAUAUGGGACGAAUAUAUGUGGAUUACACCAGAGACUGGAAAAUUGACUAAUCCCGCAGAUAUUUGCUGGGAACAAAAGGAGCAACCUUGCGGGUAUAAUGAAAGAACUUUAACAAAAAAAGACUGGAAGUAUUUGGGAUAUACAUCUCAAAGACUUUGUAAAUGGACUAUAGAUGUUACAUUUAUACGUAAAAAACCUUUUAAAUGGCCUGGAUCAGAUUGGACAAAUCCUGGCUAUCGUUGGGUUGCACCCAACGGAACAAAAUGGAUCUGUGGGACUAAUGUAUGGCCAUGGCUGCCAUGGCUGCCUUGUGGAUGGGUAGGNCGGUGUACUUUAGGUUUUGUUAUAGCACCAGGAAGAAUUGUAAAAUCUGUACAGGGCAUUCCUGCUAACAUGCCCAAUUUGCACGCUCGUUGGACUAGAGCGGCUUUUAAAUGGUAUGAUUAUCUUGCUGCUAUUUUUCUUCCUUCAUUAGGAAAUGUUGAUGUUAUGACUAAAGUAAAUGCGUUGACAAAUUUUACACAAAAGGCAUUGACCGAUGUAAAACAUGCGGUGGAAGAGUUAAAUGCCGAACAAAAGCUUAUGAGGAAAGCAGUUUUACAAAAUAGAAUGGCUCUGGAUAUAAUUACUGCAGCACAAGUUGGAACCUGUGCUAUUAUUAAGGUAGAAUGUUGUGUGUUUAUACCAGAUGUAUCUGGCAAUGUGUCCCAAGCAGUAGAAGAUAUGCAAGAACAGAUAAGAAAUAUGGAUUCCCCUACUCCAUUCUUUCCAGCACAAUGGUUUGAUUGGUUUAAAAGUGAUUGGUGGAAACAUGCUUUAGUGAUUGUGAUAAUUAUUUUGAUCCUGAUUUGUAUGGCUCCUUGUAUACUCUCUUGUUUAUCAGAAUUUCUGACGCAACGUAUGCUUGCUUUUAGCCACAUUCAUCAGCAAAAUUAG